AUGGAUUUGAAGGUUUUAAAUGGGAUAAAGCAAAACUUCAACGAGUCUGUCUAUCAACAUAUUUAUCGUCAGUUCCACAAUGCUUGGUCUCACGAAGAAUUUGGACCUUUACCUGUCACAAUUCCAAAGCCAAACAUCGAAGAUAUUACAAAAAUUGCAGCUAUUCUUGAAAAUGCAAAACGUCCACUUUUACUAAUGGGAAGUCAAUCUACUUUGCCUCCACUUAAAACUGAACAACUUGUUCAAAUUGUUAAUAAUUUGGGUAUUCCUACUUAUUUGGGUGGAAUGAGUCGUGGAUUGUUAGGGGCAAAUUCACCGUUACAAAUGCGUCAAAAUAGAAAGAUUGCAAUUAAGGAGGCUGAUGUUAUUCUUCUUGCAGGAGCUGUAUGUGACUUUCGUCUAACCUAUGGAAAGGGAUUUUCACCUGAAACAAAAGUUAUUUCAAUAAAUAGAAGUCAGGAACAAAUGUUAAAGAAUCACGGCGUUUUCUGGAAUUCUGCAGCAACUAUUCAAGCUGAUGUUGGUUUGACUUUGUUAGGACUUCAAGAGCAAAUGAAGGAACGAAAAUGGGGAGGUUUGGAAAAGUGUAAAGAAUGGAUUGAAAUGUUGAGGGAAAUGGAAAUUAAAAAAGAAGAAGACACUGCAAAAAAAUUGGCACAAAAACCUGAUGAUGGACAUAUGAACCCUCUUGUAUUGUUGACUGCAAUGGAUGAGGUAAUUCCAAAAGAUGCAAUUUUGGUUGCAGAUGGCGGCGAUUUUGUUGGAAGGCUCGAUCCCGGCACUUUUGGCACAUUGGGUGUGGGUGCUGGAUUUGCACUUGGUGCAAAAGCUGUUUAUCCCGAAAGAACCGUUGUUAUAAUUUAUGGUGAUGGAUCUGCUGGUUAUUCUUUGAUGGAAUUCGACACUUUUGUUCGCCAUAAACUUCCAGUUGUUGGAAUUAUUGGAAAUGAUGCCUGUUGGACUCAAAUUGCCAGAGAACAAGUGCCGCACUUUAAAUCAGCCGUUGCUUGCGAUUUGGACUAUACUCAUUAUGAAGAAGCGGCAAAAGCAUUAGGCACUCAAUCAUUAUUUUUGGACGGUGAUAUGGACGUCAAGCAAGUACGCGAAGCGUUGGCUCAGGUAAUGGCCAGAAGUAGAGCAGAAAAACAAUCUCUAGUUGUGAAUGUACUUAUUGGAAAGACAAAUUUCCGUGAAGGGUCAAUUAGUGUUUAA